UAGAAUGCAACCCUAAAUUCUUCUUUACAUCUGCCUUGAAUUUUGCGACAAAUUGGCGUUGAAUCAAAACACAUUCACAUCGACGAGACAUAUUGAACUUAUAUUUUUUUGUACGGUUCGUACAUAUAAUAUAUAACUUUUUAUAUUAUUUAAGUAUAUUUUUUCUAUAUCUCUUCGAACUCUCGACUCUGUAUUCGUGAAGAUACUAAUAACAAACCUGGCAUUUUUCGAAAAAUACAUGUUGCACACUGGUGAUAGCGUUAUAAGAGCAGCUCGAUCUUCAAGAGAUUUUCGUAUUAUUGAGAUUUGUUACGUAUGCAAAAAUCGUGAUAUUUGAUUUAGUUGCGACAAUGCCGCGAAAUAUAAUGGAUAUGGAAACUAUGGAAUUAUAUAAAAGAAUACCUGCAAAUGUAAACAAAGAUGUUAACUACCUAUGUUCUAACUGUAACUGUGAAUACCAAGAAAUACGUAAUAUUGAGGCACGUAAAAUGAAAAUAGGUAAUUAUAAGAAACAUUGUCCUUCAUGUCAUUGCCCACCUGAGAGACAAAGAUUUUCUUCAUUCGAUAGAUCAAGGACCUUGGGGAAUGUCGAAGCUAUGCUAAAUCGGUACAAACGCGUUUUCACAGAGCCGAUUAAUCCGGUAAUCAAAAAGUCCCAAAGUAGCCCUUUAUCACAAAAAGUAUGCUGGCACGAUUAUCAAAGUAUUCGUCCUCGUUGCUCGAAAAGAUUAUCGCAAACGCGUCGACAACGCAGGAGCGAGCAUGAUAGGUAUGUGUUGGACAUGUGUAGGAUGAAAGGAGACAUGGUGAACUCUGAAUUCGUCAAUGAAAAUUUCAAAGAAUGUUCCAAGUAUAUGCAAUCAGUACCCAUCAAGAGCUCACUGAAAAAACAUAAUCGUUGCAAAGAGUCAGAGGGAUCACUAGGCGAUCAAGGAUAUUCCGAUACCGAUAGUGCAGAAUCAAUGAAUUAUAUCCAACAUAUUCGAAAGAAGCCUUAUGAAUCAAAUCUCGAGUCAAAAUGUCAUUAUAUUAGCAGAAACAAUGAAUACAUUACAGAUAUGAAGAUUGAGAGUGAUGUCGACUACCAGCAAAAUGAACACGAAUGUCAGGAAAUAAGGGAACCUAAUCUAACAUUUGAAAAUGUAGGAAAACAGAAAUGUCACCAAGCUGCUAUAUUUAGUGAAGGCAAUGAGAGAAACGAAAAAUGGAAAUUCGAUGUCGGGAAAGUAAUGAAACCGACAAUGCCUAGAGACGAUUCUUAUUCCGUCUUAGUUAAACAAACACUUGAUAAAUCUGCAAGAGAGAUUGCACCUAAUGGAUCUACACAUUUGGCGAAGCUGGACCUUUACAGCACAAAAAAUCAUAUUCUGGAAUCGAUCGAUCAUAUGCUUGGCAACAUGGGCGACACAAAAAAGUCUGCGACACAGCAGGAACAAACGGACCAAGAAAUUGUCGAAAAGAUGACUCGUGAAUUUCUAGAAAACGAAUGGCAAUUAUUGUUCAACGUUUUGACAAUUCAUCGAAAUUCAACGAUUUCUGAUAGAAAAACCAUUCGUUUAGAAUGUCUGAAUCAUAUUCGGCAAGAACUUGUCAAACUUUAUGCUCUUGAGUCCACUUUAGAUAAAUGCCCAUUUAAACAGCAAUCUUUAUCGAGUCACGAUAUGCCAUGUAAUGAGGAACAGCAACAAUCGCAACAAUCGCAACAACAGCACCAGUCACCACCUAGCUUAGAUCAGAAAAUCACGGAUUCUUGA